AUGCCAUCAACCUAUCGCCAACCCCCGGGCAUGCAAACUCGGUAUGUCAACAUCUACUUUGACCCUCGCGAUGCCUACCGGUCCGACAUUGACCUUGUCCGACUAAUGCAGGAUGAAAUCAGGCGAGAAAGGGUUGAUAUAACAAGUCGGUCUGUAAUGCAUGAGCGUCGUCUUUGCUAUUCGAUCAAGGUGACUGGUGAGCUCUAUACCUCGGAAGAUAUGUAUAAUGCUGCAUUGAAUAUGGUUUACAUGUGGAUUCGGUAUUUGUCGUCUGAUGGACUGCCGUUCUCCCGGAGGGAUGUUUUUUAG